GUCGGCCACUUUGUACUGCGCAUGCUCGCAGGAAACAAGAUGGAGAAAUUUUCCGCAACAGCAAAUAAGCGAAAGUCCUUGAAUUAUUGUUUCAAAAUUAAUGGAUUUAAGCGUUUUAAAGGCAAAAUUAUGGUAACAUGUAGUCCAUACACUGCUCUUACCAAAUGAGCCGGUUUAUUUUGUGUGUCAACAUGCUUUAUUUGGUUAAACGCGACCCAUAAAGCACAUAAAUAUUGAUAUUUAGAAAUAUUAAAAUCAAAAUGUCAUUUUUGACAAGUUUUAAAAAGCUCUUAGGGCUGGGAGUUGUGGCAAAGAAACGUGGAAUAAGUGAUCGAAACAUUAUCACAGAUAAAGAUCCAAACCACGUUUGGGAACUUGUUGGUGAGCUGGGAGAUGGAGCAUUUGGAAAAGUCUACAAGGCCCAGCACAGGGACAACAAGACCCUGGCAGCCUUGAAGCUGGUGGAGAUCAAGGCGGAGGAUGACCUUGAGGACUUCAUGGUGGAAAUAGACAUUCUCACCAAGUGUAAACACAAAAAUGUUGUGGGCCUGCACGAGACAUAUUACUAUGGAGGCAAGCUAUGGAUGUUCAUAGAGUUCUGUGGCGGAGGAGCGGUGGACAGCAUCAUGGUGGACCUGGAAAAGCCUCUGAACGAGAAGCAGAUCCGCUAUGUUUGUCGUGAGAUGUGUGAGGGGCUCGCCUUCAUACACAGCCAGCACGUCAUACAUAGGGAUCUCAAGGCUGGAAAUGUACUGCUCACCAUGGACGGGUCUGUGAAACUGGCUGAUUUUGGAGUCUCAGCAUUGAAUGACAGAACCUUACAGAAAAGAGACUCCUUUAUUGGCACUCCAUACUGGAUGGCCCCGGAGGUGAUCUUGUGUGAGACUUUGAAGGACACGCCAUACACUCACAAGGCGGACAUCUGGUCCCUGGGGAUCACACUCAUAGAGAUGGCCCAGAUAGAGCCCCCCAAUCACGAGAUGCACCCCAUGAGGGUCCUUAUCAAGAUACAGAAGGCCGAGCCACCCAGCCUCGAUGACAAGAGGAAGUGGUCCAAAAAUUUCUUUGAUUUCCUCCGCCUGUGCCUAGUCAAAGAUCCAGAGCAACGGCCAUCUGCCCCAGAUCUUCUACAGCACCCGUUUGUGAACGGUGUAGACAGAAAAGCCCUGCUGGACCUGAUCUCUGAGUCCAAGGCAGAGGUUGUGGAGACAGUUGAGGAUCUACCUGAGGAAGAGGACCUCAAGAUAUACAAGAGUCAGCUGACAGAGGACUCUGUAGUGUCAGUCUCUGACCUGGACAAGCUGUCCCAGACCAGCCUGGACUCAGAGAAACGAGAUUCCUCUACCCCUGAAAAAACAACAGUGGAACCUUCAGUGCAGGAACAGAGAAGGCGUAGUUCUACUCCUGACAUUGACAAUGACUCCCCUAGAACUAAAGCCGCUAAGAAAGCUGCGCCGGCUCCUCCUUCUAGCAGGGAGGGCACCCCAUUAGAAAAGGAAAAAAGUCCAGGAAAGGAGAAAACUCCAGACAAGGAGAAAACUGCAGAAAAGGAGAAAUCUCCCGUAAAAGAGGAAAGUCCAGAAAAAGAAAAAAGUAUAGAAAAGGCAAAGACGAUUAACGAUUCUGAGGUGGUUGAAAAAGAAAAAGAAAAACAAGCUGUGGAUAUGACAGUGGGAGAGGGUGGGGCAGUGAUUAAGACUGUCACAACUGCUCCCAAGUCUACUACGGAUGAAACUGAGACUCAGGGGGCCAUUCCCCCACCUCCAGGCUUCCUGGAGGAAGACAAGAUAUCAGACGAAGGCAUAGGACAGAGCUCUGAUGAGAAGUCAGAUGCUUCCAGCCAGAUUGAUAGUCCUUCAAAAGUGACAGAAGUUCAGAUUGACAUCACGCCAGUUGCGGGUGACAUCAUCGAUGACAUCAUUGAUGAGGUCAUCAAAAGCACUACCACAGAACCUUCAGUGGCAGGCGUUGUCCUGGACACUAUCGACUCAAUGAUAAAUGACCAAGAUGGCGACAUAGAUACUGGAAGUGCACAAUCUGCAAACGAUUCAAAUGAAAUUGUGUAUUCCAAAGACUCACCGGAUGAUAUCGGUGAUGUGGCCAGGGAAACAAAAGAAAAGGAACCAGUGCCGAAACGUGAGUCAAGUGUGUCAGAACUGAUUAGUAACAUGGAGAAACUGAAAGAGGAGAAAGAAAAAGAGGAGGUAAAAAGACGUAGCGGAAGCCCUCGCAGUAACAGCACUAGUCCCAGAAACAGCAGCCAUGGCCUGAAGGACGGCAGUGUGAGUCUCGCAGACAGGAAACAGCUCUCUGUAGACGAGGAGGAACCAGAACCACCAAAAGUCUCCGUGACAAGCAUCGUAAAGCAGCCCAAGUCGGAGGAACGCAUAAUGGAAAUACAAUCCUUUAAGGUGAAAAUAGACGAAGAUGAUGUGGCAAUGUCGUCGUCCAAUAUCGAUGACAUAAUAACCAUAAAUGGGAAACCGGUGCCAGUAGCAAACACUGUUGUGCUGAAUGGUCACGUGACACAAAUUUCAGACAUGCCAAAGAAAGAUGAUAUGGACCGAUCGCGGAAGAGACGGUCUGAGUCUCCCCGUACAGAGAGUAGUAGAGGGAGCAGUCAAGCGCGAGACUUUGUUCCGCAAACAGACUUGGACACUUUUGAAACAAAACAAAUUGCAAACAAUAUAGAGCCCAGUGAUAUUUCCAAUCCGGACGAUGAUUCUUCUGAUCAGCGUUCUGACACCGGUAGCAUCAAUACGAUGGAUAGCCUUGACAGGGAGGAGCCAAAAGAGUCCCCUCGGCAGCGACCAAAGCCUGGGCAUAUGAAGCCAAGGAACGAACGGAGCAACAAGAGUCAGUACCGCACGAUGACCAAGACUCGAACGUACAUGGUGGACGGUGAGGUGGUGACCAGCCGCACUCAGAGGGUCGUUCUAGCUGGCGAAGAGAACAAGUCUCGCAUGGAACACAUAUCAAGGAAGGCGGACCUUCGUGAGCUGAAACUUCUGCAGAAGAAUGAGAACAAGCAGUACCAGGAUCUCAUCUACAAGACGCAGAUGGCCAGAGAGAUGCAAGAUAAAAAGUUUGAGGCCGACAUGCAGAGCCUGGUUAAGAACUAUGAUCAGGACAUGGAGACUCUUACCAAACAGCAGAAGCAGCAGGUGGAGAAGGCCGAGGCCAGCCAGGCUGGGGACCUCAAACAGUCGGCAAAACGCAUCAAGAUGGACCAGGAGCGGGAUUACAAAACGUUCAAGGAUAAGCAGAAGGAAGACAGGAAGUUGAUGCAGCGUGAGUUUGAUAUGCUGGCCAAGACAGAGAAGAAAGAAGAAGUCCGCAAACGCAAGGAGCACAAGGAGAUACAGCUUAUGGAGGAGGACCGAGAGUUCCAGGCGUCCCAGCAGGAGCGUAUGGACAAACAGAUGAAGCAGCUAACUGAGGCCCACAAACAGAAGAUUGCCAUGCUGGAGAGUCAGUUCCUGCAGCAGAAACAACAGCUACUCAGAGCACGUGAGGCUGCCAUCUGGGAGAUGGAGAAGCAGCAGCUACAUGAGAAACACCAGCUGGCCAAGAGCCAACUCAAGGACAUGUUCUUCCUCAAGAGACACCAGAUGCUCACACGACAUCAGAAGGAGGUGGAGCAGAUGAAGCGCAGCAACCUGUCGAAGGAGGAGGAGACUCAACAGCGCCACCUGCUGGAGAAGAAACGCCUUCCCAAGAUCCUCAAGCAAGAGUCGAAGACACGCUGCCUCAUGUUCAAACAGAGUCUGCGGCUAAGCAUUGCAGGAAACCCAGACGACGAGCGAUCAAAACUGAAACAGUUUGAGGACAAUGAGAAGAAACGUAUGAAGUCCGAGCAGCAGCGACAGGAGAACAAACACAAGAAGCAGUGGGAGGAGCUUGUGUACCGCAAUGAGUCCAGUCUACGGGAGUUGGAGCAGUUACAGGCAGAGAAGAGGAAGAUGUUGAUGGAGCACGAGACUCAGAAGAUCAAGGAGCUGGAUGAACAGUAUGGAAAUGAGUUCAGGGAGUGGAAGGCCAUGCUGGUGCCAAGGAAACAGCGACUGGAAGAUGAAUUCACGAAGCAACGGGAGGAGCAGGAGAGGUUCUAUGGUGCCAUUGUGAUGACUGGGGACAGUACAUACGGUCCCAACACACGCUCCGUGCCUAACAGUCUCAGACACAAACCGGACUCAAUAUCACGGCACAGCACCGUGAUAUAGCCUCCCUUUGUGCUUCUGAUACCCGCGCCUGUUCAUGGGCAACUGGUCCAGAGGCCGAUAAAUGAAAUGCUCACCGCCCAAACACUGUGCUUGCACCAUAAACUGUCUAUUUCAAAACCGAUUGGUAAAGUUCAAAUGCUGAUUUUAUUUUCAGCAAAUAAUGCAAAUGUUGUUGCAUGUUAUGUAUAAUUAUGAGUGUUUAAGGUAAACAUUAACUGUUUUAUUCACUGUUUACAGUUUUUGAGCAACUAUUUUGAUGCCACAGCUUUGUUGAGAGUUCAUUUCAUUAGUUUGAGAAUUUUGGACUGGUGGAACUCCUUUUCUGUGAUUUAUUAAAUGGAUUAAGGUGUACGAACAUUCUGUUUUACAGAUUAGGGAAGGGUAGUAGUGAGUUUGCCAAAAAUGGGCCUAGAUCCUGAACUUGUAUUGUUCAGUAUUUCUGUACUCAAAAAUAGCACUAUGUAGCUAAUCUGUAUCUUUGACACAAACAUAUUGCCAUGAUCAUUUCUAAAUCCUUUCACAGCUUGCCAUCAUUUACCAUGAUGUAGGUGUAUAGGGCUGUUUGAAUUUUACUUCAUUAAUUCUGGUACAUUUACACAUAUUCAUAAUUAUAUCCACUUAUAGAUAAAUUAAAAUUAAUUAUUUGUAAUUAUUUUCACAGAAUGAGAUAGUGAGUGUGGAUGGUCUAAGUAAAGCUUUGAGGUAUUUUAAUGAUCUAAUAUAUUCUUGCUUCAUGUAAUAGCUUAUAAUCAACUACAUGACUUCUGAAUGCUUGUUGCACAUAAUGAUCCUAGUAAACCAGAUGAUUGGCCAGUUGAAUGGUUCACAUAUGAUGUAACAGUUGACUGGUCUACAGAUGAUUUUACCAGUUGAAUAUGCUGGUGAAUAUGACUGGUUUACAGAUGAAAUACCAUUUGUGUGGUUCAUUGAUGAUGUAUAAGUUAACAUGUUCACACAUGAUUUACCAGUUGACUGGUUCACACAUGAUUUACCAGUUGACUGGUUCACAUAUGAUUUACCAGUUUACAUGUCUGGUUCAUUGAUGAUUUACAUGUUCACACAUGAUUUGCCAGUUGAUUGGUUCACACAAGAUUUACCAGUUUACAUGUCUGGUUCAUAGAUGAUUUACCAGUUUACAUGCCUGGUUCAUAGAUGAUUUACCAGUUUACACGUCAGUUUCAUAGAUUAUUUACCAGUUUACAUGGUCACACAUGAUUAAACUGGUUCACACAAAAAUAGCCAUUGAUGGUUUACUGAUAGUUUAAUGUUUCACAUAUGAUUUACCAUUUGAAUGGUUCACAGAUGAUUUACUAUUUGACUUAUUUACAGUUCCAUGGCCUAUAGACUGGUUGACAGUUUAUUUACCAGUUGUCUUAUACAGAAAUUAUUUACCAGUUGAGUUCAAAAGCUUAAUUUAUUUUCCUAUAUAGGUAUAUUGAGAAUCAUAACAUUCCAUAAAAAUGCAGUCUGCAAGUUGAUGAUUUGUACUGCAGUCUGCAAGUUGGUGAUUUGUACUGCAGUCUGCAAGUUGGUGAUUUGUACUGCAGUCUGCAAGUUGGUGAUUUGUACUGCAGGCUGCAAGUUGGUGAUUUGUACUGCAGUCUGCAAGUUGGUGAUUUGUACUGCAGUCUGCAAGUCGGUGACUUUCUGUGGAAGGCUUAUUUAACAGAAAUCUUUAUUGUUUAGAAAUCAAUAAUGCUCCCAGGUUAAGUCUGUAUUUGUAUUUUUUAACAUUUGCAAUAAUUGGCCUAUUUUCCAUUACCCGUUAAUCUUCACAAUACCUUAACAAUGCUCAGUAAAGUGUUGUUAUGUUUUAAAUUUCUUUUAUGUUAUGAUGUUAGUGAAUAAUGUUGGUUUGCAUUUGAGUUCAAAGUGACUGAUUAGUCACUUGCAAGAUGUCUUCUUAGUAAGCAGAGUUUACUUCCAAAUAUAUUAUCAAUAUUAUAUGUCUUUCAGUCAUUUAUGUCUAUGAUGUUAAUUAUAUAUCAAUAAGAUAUUUUAUAUUGUGUGAAUGGACUGAACAAUUAUGAUGUCUAUUUAAUAUUUGAGCCACGCUGUUUGAGAACUGGGUUUAAUUUAUGUAAGACAAGUGUUUUCCCAGAUUGGCCUGUGCAGUCUGCAAUCAGGAACAAACUUUUCCACUUUCAUUGUAUUUUAUGUUUAACCCUUUCCCACUCGUAGGCAAAGUGAAAAUGGCUAUGUGCAAACAGCAUAAAACCAGAACAGCCUGCGAGUAACUCACAAUCUGUUCAGGUUUUAUGCUGUUUGAUCCUCAUCAGUAUUUGAGGGUUGGAAAUGAAACCUUUAAACCUUGAACCUAGUAAAAUGGUCUUUAAUAAAAUAUAACUUCUAAGGGACAAGAAAUUUGUAAAAAUACGAAUUAAGGGUUAAAGGAAGUAUCUUCUUGGCAAAAAUCCAGUAUAUGUGGAAAGUGUCCAGAUUAGCCUGUGCAUACUGUGCAGGCUAAUCUGAGAAAACACUUAACUCCCAUGCAUUGAGCCCCAUUUCCCAGUGAGGCCCAUUUGUAUAAUUACGGAAAUGCACAGAGCAAUAGGCCUAAUAUUUUUUACUAUUCUCUGUUGUUAAGUUUAUUUGUAUUUUAUUUUGUGAUCUUCUGUUAAGGCUAAAUGUAAAAGACAUGUGUGUCAACAUUUUUCUCAAUGAUUGGUUAAAAGAAAUUUUCAACUAAAACAAGCUCAUUAAAAUAUAAAAGGCUGCAUUCAGCUGUGGAAUUUUUUAGAGCAAUAAUAUUUUCUUCGCAUUUUUGUCUAAACAUUAGUUUUCAUGUCAUCUUUUCUUGUGUUAUUUGAGUUUUUGGUUAUUUUUAUAUUCAAAAAGGCAUGUUAACUGUCAACAACUUAUUUGUUUAAGUGUCUUGGCUUGCAUGUAAUUAAUAUUUUAUCACUUAACUUUUUUUAAAUCUAAAAAUAGUUAUGUGCUGAAAUACAAUAGAGACUUCCCUUCAAAAUGAACACUAUUGUAUUUCUGCACGAGAACUUUUAAAAAGUGUACGGUUUUUAUGUUUAUAAAUGUAUGUGUUUAUAGCAAAUUAUUUAUAAUGUAUUAUCAAGUUGUGUUCAAUGUGUCCAUUGUUUGAAAUCGAUUCCAACUUUAUACACAAUUAGUUCAAUAUGCCCUGACAUAGAAUUUUGCCAAAUUUUGACAGCUCUAUGCACUAAUCUAUACAGAUUUCAAAUAACUAUACAACUAUGUGUAUUAUUCUUGGCUCACUGGUUCACUCCUUAAACAUGGGUUAUCAGUUUUCGAGUUAUUAAUGCUGAGUGCUAUUGAAUUGAUAUCAUUUACACAAUUACUAUAUUACUGAACAUUAAAUUUCAAAGGUGUU